AUGUCGGCCCCUACAGCUUCUGCUCCUUCCUCCUGCAAGGUCAUGCUGGCCAAGAACGUGGCCAAUGGUCUUUUGGGCGAGGUGCAAGAAGGCAUCAAGACCCUCGAGAACCCGCCGCACUUGGUCGGCUUCCUGGCCAACGAUGACCCUGCGGCUUUGAUGUAUGCGCAGUGGACGCAGAAGACCUGCGAGGAGCACGGCUUCAAGUACUCCCUCCGCGAAGUCUCCCGCGACGACAUCGAAGAAGCCAUCCUGGCCGCCAACAACGACAACGCCGUCGACGGUAUCAUCGUCUACUACCCGAUCUUCAACAACCGCCAGGACCAAUACCUGCAGCAGAUAGUCGAUGUGCAGAAAGAUGUUGAGGGUCUCAGCCACCGCUAUAUCUUCAACAUGUACCAGAACAUCCGCUACCUGGACGCCGAGACCAAGCGCCAGAAGUGCGUUCUCCCCUGCACCCCGCUGGCCAUCGUCAAGAUCCUGGAAUACCUCAACAUCUACAACACCAUCCUGCCCUACGGUAAUCGACUCUUCGGCCACACUAUUUGUGUUGUGAACCGUUCCGAGGUCGUUGGUCGGCCGCUGGCAGCCCUCUUGGCCAAUGAUGGCGCCUGCGUUUACAGUGUCGAUAUCACUGGUGUGCAGAAGUUCACUCGUGGCGAGGGAUUGAAGAAGAGACGUCAUGAGAUUCAUGAUAUGGAGGGUGCCACUCUUAAGGAUGUUGCCCCUCUUUGCGAUGUUGUCAUCUCCGGUGUCCCCGGUGAGAAGUACAAGUUCGAUACUAGCUUGCUGCGGGAGGGCGCUGUCUGCGUUAACUUUUCGAGCGAGAAGAAUUUCCCCCACGAGGUCCGCGACAAAGCAUCUAUCUUUGUCCCCUCUAUUGGCAAGGUGACUAUUGUCGUCCUGCUCCGAAACCUGCUGCGCCUCAUCCAGAACAAGCGGGUAGACGACGUCAAGCCUGCCGCGGCCACUGAGCGCCCUGGAACCCUCGAGGCUUCCUCCUAG